CCGCCCCCUCGGCCGGGCCGGGCCGGGCCGGGCCGGGGCCAUAAAGCGGCCGCGGCGGCCGGACCCGCUCCCGGCUCCGCCCCGCCAUGGCCGUGGCCCGGCGCAAGCUGUCCGUGGGGCUGGGGCUGGCCGGGGUGGCCUUAGCGCUCCUGGGGGGCUGCCUGCUGCUCCUGGGGCCCGUCAUCAUCCGGCAGCAGGUCAUCAAGAACGUCAGGAUCGACCCCAGCAGCAUCUCCUUCCAAAUGUGGAAAGACAUCCCUGUUCCUUUCUACUUGUCUGUGCAUUUCUUCGAGGUGCUGAACCCCAAGCAGGUCCUGCAGGGAGCGAAGCCGGUGCUGAGCCAGCGUGGACCCUACGUGUACAGGGAGUACAGGAAUAAAACAAAUAUCACGUUCCAUGAAAAUGACACCGUUUCCUACCUGGAGAACAGGAACCUUUUCUUCCAGCCACACUUGUCCAAUGGCACGGAAGAGGAGUACAUUGUUGUGCCAAACAUUAUGAUGAUGGGAGCAGCUGUGAUGAUGGAAAAACUGCCAAAUUUUUUGAAGAUUCUGCUGAGUGGAGCCCUGGCUGGGCUGAAGCAGGAGGCGUUCAUGAACCGGACAGUGGGGGAGAUCAUGUGGGGGUAUGAAGACCCCCUGAUAGAUGCAAUAAAUGCAAUUGUUCCUGGCAUGAUCCCUUUCAAGGGGAAGUUUGGAAUAUUCAUGGAUUUUAACAACUCCAAUUCAGGGCUGUUCACAGUCAACACAGGCAUGAAGAACAUCAGUCAGGUCCACAUGGUGGAUUCGUGGAACGGGCUGAAGAAGGUGAACUACUGGCGGAGCAGCCAGUGCAACAUGAUCAACGGGACAGCAGGGGAGAUGUGGCCACCCUUCAUGUCCCCCACGUCCCUGGAGUUCUACAGCCCUGAUGCCUGCAGAUCCAUGACUCUGGUGUACGAGCAGUCUGGGAAGUUCAAGGGUGUGCCCACCUAUCGCUUCGUGGCGCCGAAAACCCUCUUUGCCAACGGCACAGACUACCCACCCAACGAGGGCUUCUGCCCCUGCCUGCAGUCUGGCAUCCAGAACGUCAGCACCUGUAGGCUCAAUGCGCCGAUGUUCAUUUCCCACCCUCACUUCUACAACGCCGACCCGUCCCUGGUGAGCGCGGUGGAGGGGCUGCACCCCAGCAAGGACCAGCACGGGCUUUUCCUGGAUGUGCACCCCAUGACGGGCAUUCCCAUGAACUGCUCCAUCAAGCUCCAGCUGAACCUGUACAUAAAGCAGGUGUCUGGUAUCAUUCAAACAGGGAAGAUUAAGCCAGUGGUCCUGCCGAUGCUGUGGUUUGCAGAGAGCGGAUCCAUCGAGGGCUCGGUGCUGCAGCAGUUCUACACCAACCUGGUGCUGCUCCCCUUGGUGCUGGAGUACCUGCAGUACAUCCUCCUCGGGCUGAGCGUCCCCUUCGUCGUGUCAGCAGCUCUGCUCAUGGCACUGAGCCAGGAAAAAUGCUCUUUAUUUUGGAGUAGCAAUAAAAAGAGCUCAGACAGUAAUCAGGCAAACCAGGCCACCUCUGCCAAAAAGCUGCCUCCGGUUAAGGGGACGGUGUUGCAGGAAGCCAGACUGUAGGUGGGUACCCAGUCAAGGUAAAAAACGCUUUUCUCUCCUCCUGAUUUGAUUAAACUUCACUUAAAACCAAUCAAAUGAAACGUUUGCUGUCCACACCUUGCCCUCCUGGCAAGCUUUGAUGGAAUGGUGUUGUCUCAUGGCUUUAUUGGGGGUGAUUUAGAUGUCUUGAUGCUGGCAUUAACCAGGUUGUGAGCAUGUGCUCUCAUUGUUUCUCCUGGCCUACCUGAUCUACAGCCCUGAUAGUGUCAGCAGGGAUUGGGGAAAAAGUAGGAUUGGUGUGAGGAAACACUUUCUUUGCCUGUUUUUCCCCAUCUCUGAGUGCUGGAGUCCCAGAGGUAAGUUUUGGAAUGUGGGGUAACAGAGGUCAGGCCACUGGUGGGUGUCACCCCAGCCUCAGCGAGAGAGGCUUUCAGGAGGGAAUUGCUGAUGUGUGAAAUAUCUGGGUUUGUAUUACAGGAACACAAAAUCACUGAGUCGUUCAGUUUGAAGGGACCUCUGGAGCUCAUCUAUCCCAGUCCCUCUGCUCAGGCAGAGUCACCUAGCUCAGCACCAUGUCCAGAUGUCUCUUAAAUGUCUUCAGGAAUGGAGAUCCCCCAGGGCAACCUGUUCUCGUUUUUACAGUUUUCACAACAGAAAAAAAAAAGGAAAAAGAAAAAAAAAGUAUUUUUAAAUGUCCAGGUGCAAUCCCCUGUGUUUAAAGUGCCCCUUUGCUCUUGUCCUGACCACCAAGAAGAGCCUGGCUCUGUACUUACACCCUCCCUUCAGAACCUUGUUUUCAGUGGUGAGAUCCCCCUGAGCCUUCUCUUCUCGAGGCUGAACAGUCCCAGUUCUCUCAGCCUCUGCUCACAUCAGAGACAGCCCAGUCCCAAAAUCACUCCAGUGGUCCUUUGCUGGACUCUUCCCAGUAGCUCCAUCUCUCUUGUCCUGGGGAGCCCAGGGCUGAGCACAGGACUCCGUGUGUGGCCUCACCAGUGAUGGGCAGAGGGGAAGGAUCACUCCAGGACCUGCUGGCAGCACUCCCAGAGCAGCCCAAGGACCUGCUGGCUGCCUUUGCCACCCUGCCACACCACUGGCUCGCCUUCAGCCCCGUGUCCCCAGCACUCUGGGGUCCAUUUCUGCCAAACCCCUGCAGGGCUGGGUGACCUUUAGUGUGUGCUGCUGUGUGGGCUUGUUCAUCCCAGCUUGAAGACCUUGUGCAUCCUCUUGCUGAACCUCAUGAGGGUCCUUCCAGCCCGUUUCUCAGCCUGCUGAGGUCCCUCUGGUGCACCAGCCACUCCCCCAGUUUUUGCAGAUCGUUAAUAAAGAUGUUAAACAGGCCUGGACCCAGCAUUGACCCCUGGUGUACACUGAUGGUUACUGGCCUCCACCUCAGCUCUGUGUUCAGCCAGUUUUGAGUCCACCUCACUGCCUGCUCAUCCAACCCCCACUUCAGCUUUUCUAUACGGAUUUUAUGGUGUCAAAAGCCUGGAGUCCAGGUGGACAAUACCCACUGUUCUCCCCUGAUCCACCCAGCCAGUCAUUUCAUCAUCAAGCACAGUUCCCCCUUGAUGAAGCCCAGUGACCACACUUGAUGAUUUAAUUGUCCUUCAUGUGCCUGGAAGUGGUUCCUGGAAUUAGCUGCUCCAUCACUUUCUCCAGGAUGAAGGGAGACUGACUGCUCUGUAGCUGCUGAGCUCUUCCUUCUUGAUCUUUUUCAAGAUACAAGUGACACUUGCUUUCCUUCAGUCUUUGAGCCAGGACUGGUCAAAGACAACAGGGAAUGGCCUUGCUGUGACGUGAGCCCACUCAUCCCAUCCUGGUCCAUGGAUCUGUGCAUGUCUGGGUUCCUUGAGUAUUCCCUGACCUCAUCCUCUUCCACCAAGGGUGCAUCUUCCUUGCUCUGGACUUUCCCCUGUUUUUUUGGGUCUCCUGCCUCAUUCAGCCCCAGGCCCUCGUGGGUCCCUCCUCUUUCUUUUGUCACCUGGGUACUUAGGGAAGCCUUUCUUGUCUCUGACAUCCUUGGCUGGAUUCAGUUCCAGGUGGGUUUUGGCUUUCCUGUCUUCAUCCCUGCAUGCUGGGAGAGUUUCCCUGUGUUCCUGCCAGAUUGCCUCUCCCUGCUCCCACCUCCCAUGUGGUUCCUUUCUGCAUUUGUGUUUGGAGCUCCUGGUUCAUCCAUGUUCCCCUGAUGGCAUUUUUUCCUGGCUUGGGAUGCUUGUUAGGGUGGACUGUUCUUGACCUUGGAGGAGGUGACCCUUGAAUAUUAAUCAUCUCUUUUGCUCUGUAUUCCCUCACCUGAGGUCUGUAGACACUUUUGAAAUCAUGGACACAUUAAGGCUGAAAAUUCCUCCAAGAUCCUCAAGCCCAGGCUUCACCCCCAUGCCCAAAGAGUCUCCAGGUGUUCUUGGUGGUGUCCCUGGUGCCCACGCUGGAGCAGCAAUGGGCAGUCAAAGGCUCAGACAAGCCUCACAGCCCCUCCACCACACCCCAACCCACGUCCCCAGCAAGCAGAAAGCUCUGGGCGAGAGGCAGGUCGGUGUCUCUAUCCCCAGCAGCAGGAAGUGACCCACUCCUGUCACCUGCUGCUUCCUCCUGAGGUUCUGGCAUUAAUUAGGGUCAUUAAUCUGCUCUGUUCAGAGGCGUGCCUGGCUCACCUCUGAGGGUGGUGAACCUGCUCUGUAGGUGUGAGUGUGAACGCUCAGGUGGGGAGGCCCCAGCUCCCACCUUCCCCAGAGGCUGCAGCCUCCAUCCCCAUCCCCCUAGGGGUGGGUGCUGCCUGUGGGUGCUGCUGCUGGGUCCCCAGGCUCUCCUGGCCCUCAGCAGAACGUCCCUCUCCUCCCAUCUCGGGGGCUGUGCAGCACUCAGAGUGUCCCAGCGCUCCUGCACACAGCCCCUCAGGCUGGGGGUACAGGAAUGGGAAUAACCUGCCUUUGGGAGGGCUGGAGAUGCAAAAGGAGGUAAAAAACCCUUCCAUUUGAGGAAAGGGUCCUUCCUGCUUUUUAUCUUCUUUUCUGCCAGGGUUGGGAUUAAAUGCUCCAGGCGGUAUUUCGUGUUCAGUCUCAGAUGUUUAUUAAUUCUUGUCUAUAGUACAAUCUCACAAACUGUGAGUGCUACAGCACUUCUAGCUAGAAAAGUAAAAAAUGGCUCCUAUCUCUCUUUUUAAAGGAUAAACUGUCCAAUUAAGAAAAUACACCUAAGUUAUUUUUACUUUUAACUCAAUAACCAACCACCCCUGGUCCACAAUGCAGACUUUUCUACCCAAUUACAAAACACCACCCAGACCCAUGGAGGAGAAGGUGAAAAAGAAGGAAAAGGGGGAAAGGAAGGGAAGGGAAGGGAAGGGAAAGGAAAGGAAAGGAAAGGAAAGGAAAGGAAAGGAAAGGAAAGGAAAGGAAAGGAAAGGAAAGGAAAGGAAAGGAAAGGAAAGGAAAGGAAAGGAAAGGAAAGGAAAGGAAAGGAAAGGAAAGGAAAGGAAAGGAAAGGAAAGGAAAGGAAAGGAAAGGAAAGGAAAGGAAAGGAAAGGAAAGGAAAGGAAAGGGAAUGAAGGAAAAGAAGAAAGGUGAAAAAGGGCGUAGGCCCUCAAACCUCCAUCUUGCUUUAUAUCUAUUACUAGAUUCUAAACCCUUAAACUCUGAGUUUUCCACCCUGUGAUCUCACACACUUCUAUCCAAACUCCACACCCACAACCCCAGCGCUGUCUCUCAGUUUUGGAAGCCUUUUCCACGGCCCCAGGUCAAUGCAGAGUUUGCUUGGGGGUCAGUUCCUGCCAGCACAGAAAGUCUAAAAUCCUCAGCGCCCAGGGCUCCAACAGGUCUUUGGCCACUGAAAGGGGCUGGGGGUGGGCACAAUGGGGACACGAUGGCAGUGCCAGGCUGUGACCUCUG